AUGGCGCACCACCAAGACCUACCACCAGUCCAAGGUUACGAGAAGAUCCAAUGGAAGAGAAACCUUCCAUCGAGAGGGUUCAGACCGUCCAUCUGGCUCGGCAUGCUUGUGGCCAUGUCCUCAUACGGGUUCUACAAGCUAAUCCAAGGUAACAGAGAACAGGUUGAGCUCUCCAGAGAGAAGUUGCAGGCAAGAAUCAACAUUCUUCCUCUUUUACAAGCAGAACAAGACAGAGACGUUUUAAGGAGAUCGCUUGCUUACUACAACAGAGAGGCGGAAAUUAUGAAGGACGUUCCAUGGUGGGAAGUUAAAAACACAUACUCCGACAAGAACGAGUUCCACCCUCCACACACUGUUCUCACGGGUAAACAGCUCGACAAGAAUGGCUGGUUCUGGAACGCAAACUCAAAGGACAGAUACGACUGA